AUGCUUUUAGCCAUGAAAGUGGCAUCUUCGCUGUUUCUCAUAUUUGUAUUUUUGUGGACAUCGGUUGUAUCGAAAAGCAUUGGACAAAUCGAAGCUCCUUUAAUGGAACCAAUGAGAUACAAAAAAUGGACCAAACUGGAACCAAGUGUACGUUUUUUGACAAACGAUGAGGCAAAUGAAAGAAAACCAAGUCGAAAAGCCAAACACAUGUUCCUUUGCUAUGAAAUCCUUUUUUAUAAUAGUAACAACAAAUGA